AUGUCUGACAGUUCAAGUAUCUCGUACAGCUUGUCGACUCCAUUGAGCUCCAGCUGUCCAACUUCUCCAGUCGCAUUAGGUCCAGCAACACACGCAAUUUCGCAAAGGGCUUCGAGCGUCGCCUCUCGCAUCGUAUUUGUAACCGGCAACAAAGACAAGCUGCGAGAAGUAGUGGCGAUAUUGGGCAAGAUACCUGGUUUCGAAUUGGAUAACCGUGCAGUGGAGCUGGUGGAGCCCCAGGGUGAAAGCGACGCCGUCUGUCAGACCAAAUGUGAGACUGCUGCACGCCUAGUGGGUGGCCCGGGGCUGGUGGAGGAUACAUCACUGUGCUUCAAUGCCCUUGGCGGCCUACCCAGACCCUACGUCAAGUGGUUCCUCGACAAGAUCGGCUCCAAGGGACUCCAUCGCAUGCUGGCGGUUGGUGGCGGCAUCAGCCUAUAUGUUGUUCCACACCCAAUCCUGAGCUGA